GUUUACCUAAACAAAAGUUGCCAAGUCCCUGUCAAUUAGAGUAAAAAGGGAUUUGAAAAGUAUAUAUCACAUAAAUUUUAGUUCAAUGUCCGACUCUACGGAUCCCCACUGCUCCACCUCCAAGUCGAACCUGAUCAAGGUGCACCAUGUGGGUGUAACUGCUCAGAUGCAAUCACCACUCAAGAGACUCCUGCCGCAUAUGAGCUCCUCCAGUGAUUCGGAUGUGUAUCAAAACGCGCAAACCCAGUACAGCAUGUUCAAGAACGAUCGACGCGGAGAUGCCUCAGAGUCCACUAUGGCCGGGAGUUCGCCACGUACCCUCUACGAAAUGCACGCCGAGCCGGAUAAGAGCAUCCUCAGCCAGUCGCAGAUGAAGCCGCAUCGCAUCGAGUUCCAGCGCUACUCCAAGAAGCGGCCCCACUUAAUAGCGCCCUCGCGUCCAGUGAAGACCAAGGAUCGUUCCAAGUCCCACAAGGCCUCCCAGGUGCAGAAGCAUCAGGGGGGCUUCAUGGCCCGGCUGGUGCAAUCUCUGGACAACAUGUGCAAGUGCUCGCCCCAGAACACCAAGAACAUCAUUGAUGAUCUCCCAGAGCCACAGUGGAAUCGCAAGGAGGCCACCAAACACACCUGCAUCGGGAUUUAUCCUUUUGAGCACGGAUGUGCCGACUACCUGAGCACCACGGACACACAUCCCAAGAUUAACGCCAUUAUUCUGGCGGACCGGGCCACCACAUACGCCACCCACUUUUGGGCGGAGCUGUUCGGUCUGCUCCACAUUGCUGUGGCCUUUGUGGUGGCCUUCGUCCUGCAAAGCUAUCGCUUCGUCCUGUAUUGCCUGGUCAACUCCCUGAUCGUGGGACUGCUGCACAUGACCUCGGAUUAUUUGGUGAAGCCGUUCCUCACCGUGAUCUUCAACGGAUUCCUGCAGCCGCCGCUGAUAUUUGUGUACAAUAUCCUUUGCUCGGUGAGGGACAUCCUCGAGCCGGUGGCCCAGACACUGGACAACUUUAUGCAGCCACUGGCCACCGUGGGACGUAGUUUUCGGUUGGUCGAUGUCAACUAUCGCAAAAUCCAGCGACUCGGCAAAGAUGUUUGAGUUUUCUUUCUGUUUUUAGUUUGUUUUUAGUUUUAUUAAAAUUUGUUCUUUGUUUCGUUGAAUUUUAAUCAAAUAAUUGGUUUUAAUUCCGACUAAAAAUCCUUAACAGCUCCAUACCACAUAAAUAAAUGUCCUUUUCCUUUUAGGUCC